AUGCCUGCCUUUGAGUACUGCUGCAAGUGCGGUAGCAUGAUUGUCAUCAGCACCACCUGCUCCAACUGCGGCCACCAGCACCCGAACGUCGAACAUGAACGCGAGAGGCAUGGACGGAUCAACAGUGGCCUGACACGAACCGGGCACAUGUACGCCUAUUCGGUGAAGAAGAUUCUUUUUUUUCCUCGUUACGAGCGAACGACGCAAAAAGGCGCGGCGACACGACCAAAUGACUUGACAUUAUGCUAUUGGGGGCAAACAAACGGCGUUUUUUACUUUUGGAUUUUCUAG